AUGUCUUUCCUGCCUCAAAGCAGCUCAUCAGAUACACCUCAUCCCAAGGAUAUGAAGUUUCCUCCUCAAGAGCACAAGACACCUCCCAUUGCGACAAUACCUCCGCGCCGCAGAACUCGACACCGCAGAACACGAACCAGAAACAAGAAGAAAACCCCCAAUGAGCCUCCUCAACCAGAAUUUCCAACCAACCUCUCCGAGUCAUCGGUAAACUUCAACGACGACAUCCUCUCAAAAAUCUGGCAUCAUGCGCUUCCCAAGAACAACAAUGUGGUCAUCAUCGCUUACAUCCACAACCACAGCGAGGGCCGAUACCGCUUCAAAAGCCCAAACAAGCCUUCUCCACUACUCCAAGUAUGCCGUGCAUCUCGUGACAUCGCUCUGUCUCACUAUACUGCAUCAAUUGGAAGUCGCGGAAGCAAGCGAAGAAUUAGGUUCAACAGCGCACAAGACAAGGUCCUAUUUCAAGUGGAGGGCGACAACAGGUUUAUUGAUCUACUGGUGGAUUCAAUUGCAGAAGAAAGUGCAUUCAUCCAGGAUUUUUUCAACAUCAGGGACCCAUCCAUUGAGGAGAUUGGGUUCGCAACAAUUCAAAGUCUUCUUGUCGAGGAGGAUCUUGUACGGCAAUUACACUGGCCGGAAGAGAUCCGAGCAUUCUUCCGAAUCUUUUGCUCGUUGAAAGAUCUAGGCAUGGCGAUUGAGGGAAAUAUUUAUAUGACCAAGAAAAAGCCAGAAGCAGAAGAUGAGGGUCGUGCGUUUGCGGUCAAUACACCGUAUGGCAGAGUUCUAAACAAAUUGAUGAACGUCAACACACCAAGCCGACUAAACGCAUUCCAGGUGUUGAGAGCCGUUUUGAGCGAAGUUCUUUCCAUCUCAUCAAGACCGGUUUUGAAUUUGGUGCGCGUCUCGCUGACUGCGAAGAGACCUUUUGGAGUGGGACGCAUCAGUGCUGGUACUCGAGAAUAUGACGGCAUCUCCCAGGAUAUGACAGACAAUACGAAUGAUUAUGAAAUGCUCUUUGGUAUCAAAUAG